AUGGCUCUCGACUCCGACCGGGAAGCCCUAUCCGCCACCGACUUCUACCCGGGGCUAGAAUCAUCGGUCGACUCCCCGGCCUCGACGCCGACCCCUGCCACGCCUCAGUCCGAAUGCCCCGCUUCCCGAAGCAUCGUGGCGAUUGAUACGCCUACUGCCACGACUGCUGCUGUUGCUGUUGCUACAGCAGGCAGGGACGGGGAAGGAUCGGACAUCUCGCUCGUCUCGUACAUCGCCGUGGGGGUGCUGCGCAAGCGCAACCCGGUGUACGGGAGUGUGGAGGAGGCCCCGGCAGCGGAGGCGGCGGACGGAUACCCGGCCUCCCAAGUCGCCAACUUGGAAAGUCACCAGUGGAUCCGGACGAUCAGUUUCACAUACUCGGAAGAACACUCGUCGUGGUGCGGGGUGCAGGUCUACGUGCUGCCGGAUGAUGUGGGGCGCAAGUACCUGCCGCGGUCGAAUCCGGCGUUGCGCCGGGCGCUCAAGGUCGUCAUGGAGAGGAUCGAUCGCUCGGUGGGAGCGUGGUCGGGCGACUUUGUCGCGGAUUGGAACACCUGGGGCUCCACUAAGCGGGAUCCAGAGGAGGAUGGGAAGGAGGAAGAAGAGGAGUCUCUCUGGUACAUUUUCAACACCCUGCAGGAUCCGGCGCCUCGGGCAGAUAUGAUCAAAGAUAACCCGUAUGCGAGGAGGGCGAUGGAGCAGUUGCUUACCGUGACGACGCCAGCGCCGGCGUUGGGCGGAGGGGAUGGGAAGGACGACGAGGAGGAGUCCGGCCAGGAUUAUUUAGGGGUAUUGGGGCUCAAGACGCCGUUGUAUCCCUAUCAACGUCGCUCGGCUGCGACGAUGGUGCAGCGGGAGGCUCAGCCGGCGCAGAUGUUGGAUCCUCGACUCGAGGCUCGCAUAGGUCCAACGGGGCAGGAGUAUUACUAUGACAAGGAGGAGGGGCGGAUUUUGCGGGAGAAGAGGAUGUAUUCGGAGGCUUGUGGAGGGAUUUUGGCGGAAACGAUGGGCUGCGGUAAAACACUGAUCAGUCUGGCUGUGAUCUUGGCAACACGGGGACAUUUCCCGGAAAUUCCUCUGGAGCAUCAGGAAUUGAAACCCCGAGUCCGGGACACGACUGGAAGUCUGGUCGAGAUGGCCGCGGCGACCGCCGGUCGGUUCUCGCUGCCAUGGAAAUCCCACUUUGACGAACUAGGCCACUACGGCGCCUUGUAUAACAGAUGUGUCCAAGCAUGUGAGAGGAAUCGCGGCUCAUAUACUAUACCUCCGCCCCCAGCUAGGCACGGAGGUCGCAGCGGCGUGCCGUAUCCGAGGCCGCCUCCCCAGAAGCUUUAUCUCUCUUCGGGCACGUUGAUCGUUGCUCCACCGAAUCUGGUUAGCCAUUGGGAAAAGGAAAUCGAAAUGCACACGCAAGGUCUCAAGGUACUUACUCUACGAUACAACAGCGACCAAAUCCCCUCACCUGAUGAGCUGUUGCAUUAUGAUAUUAUCCUCUUCUCAAAGGCACGCUUCGAGAAGGAAGCUGGUGAACCGGCUCAUCUCACUCGGCACCUCUCUGAACCUCCAACUUCCCCCUUGACCAAGAUCCAUUGGUUGCGUAUCAUCGUCGAUGAGGGCCACAAUGCCGCCGGCAGCGGACAUCGGUCGAACAUGGCUCAUCUACUCAAACAGCUGCGCAUUGAGCGGAGGUGGGUCGUGUCUGGUACCCCGUCCAGCGGGCUUUACGGGGUGGAGGUUAGUUUAGCCUCACAGGAGACCCACACCAGCGAUACGGACUUGACCGAAGCGACGAUGGCUGUGUUGAAGGGGCGGAAGAAGACCGGCAAGGCUAAGGAUAGCGAGCUCAAGGAUUUGGAAAAGUUGCGGCGGAUUGUGAUUGAUUUCCUUGAGGUGAAACCCUGGUCGAACUCCCGGAACCGGACAGAUGACCAGGCCAAUUGGGUCACAUAUAUGACGCCUGUAGGGCCUGGCUUGAAACGGCGAAAGGCCUCAUCACUCCGGGCUACUUUGCAGAGCCUCGUCGUUCGGCAUCAGCUGGAUGUCAUCCACAAUGAGAUCACGCUUCCUAGACUUUACAACCGAGUCGUGCAGCUGGAGCCGACUUUCUACGAUAAAAUGAGUCUGAAUUACUUCAUCUUCAUCUUGGCGGUCAACGCAAUUACCUCGGAAAGAAAGGAUCAAGAUUACAUGUUCCACCCUCGCAACCGGAAGCACUUGGGCCAGGUUAUCAGCAAUCUUCGCCAGGCGGGAUUCUGGUGGGCCGGCUCAGAUGAAGGCCUCUCAAGUACGAUUGAAAAUGCUUUGAAGUACUUAGAGAAGAACCGCGAUACGAUGACCGACAACGAUAUUGAAAUGCUACAAAAGGGCAUCCAGGUUGCGGAACAGGCUCAGGCGUGUAGCAGCUGGCAUGCCUUCAAGCAGAUGCACGAACUCGGUGUUUUCGUCGAGGAUUUUCCUUCUCAUGCUCGAAGCAUGUGGGCCCUCGAUAACACAAGCGUCGAGGAUGAGCCUCUACUACUUGGAAUCACGCAAGCGCAUCACGCGCAGCGAUUCGUUACCAAACAACUGAACACACCCGACCCGGCCGACGGGCUCGCUGGUGCAGGCAUCAAGGUGCGUCGCGAGCUUCGACUCGCUAGCAGCAGCGAGGGCGACAACUUCGAGACGAAGAAGACCACGCCGGACAAGCCGAUCAAGAGUAAAUCGCCCAAGAAGACCUACAGCAAGGGUCUGGUGAAGACCUUGUCGCCUGACUCCCCACUCGCCAGAACCAAACUUGUCGCCACCGCCUCGGCCAAACUGACGUACCUCCUGGACCAGAUCUCCGAGUACCACAAGAGCGAGAAGAUCAUUGUGUUCUACGAAAACCCCAACACCGCAUACUGGAUUGCGGAAGGAAUCGAGCUUCUCGGAAUCGAUUUCCGGAUCUACGCGCAGACCCUCAAACCCGACACCCGAGCGGAAUACCUGACCCUGUUCCGCGAGUCCGAGGAGGUGCGUGUCUUGCUCAUGGACCUCCGGCAGGCCUCGCACGGACUGCACAUCGCCAACGCCUCGCGCGUCUACAUCGUCAACCCCAUCUGGCAGCCGAAUGUCGAAAGCCAGGCGAUCAAGCGAGCGCACCGCAUCGGCCAGACCCGCCCCGUCUUCGUCGAGACGCUCGUGUUGAGGGACACCCUCGAGGACAAGAUGCUGCGGCGCCGGAAGGCCAUGACCGACAGCGAGAUCCAACAUGCCGAGCGCGACCUGCUGGACGAUAGCACAAUGAGCUCGAUCAUCCAGAACGAGCGCUUCAUCCCCAUCAUAUCUGAAGCACCCUGCCGGAUUCUUCAGUCGACACAAGCUCGCGAUCGCCGACGACGAGGAUGUCUCGAGUGUCGAGAUGGCGGGGACGGCGGCAGCCGCGACUUCUUCUCCGAAGACACCGCCGGCCGCGCUCCGGAGGAAACGCGCGCGUCUCGUGCCGGUACACCUCGGCGAAAGCAAUUCCUCCGGCCCGGACAUCGUAACCCCGAAACGGCGACGGACCUCGGCGGCGAGAUUGGGCUUCGUGUCUUCGCAGGGAAUUCUCAUGACGCCUCCACGGAGUUCCAAGUCCCCGCGGCCCACGGUACGUUCGGGGGAGUCGUCGAGUGGUCGUGCAAGUCCGGCUGUACGAAGAUAACACAGUGUAUUGAUCGGCUUGAUAUUGGAGCUACAUGA